GUUAACUUGAUCAUAUGGAAGUGUUCUUAUGGAAGUGUAGGAACUGUGGUUUGAGUUUUUUUUGAGUUGCUUGAAUAUCACUUUCUUACUUAUGCGUGUCAUUUCAAUUCUGGUUCUUGUCCAAUUGUUUUUGUGGUCCAAUGCUCAUACCUUUCUUCAUAGGUCCAGGUGGGAGGAAUCAAGUACCUAAUAGAGCCGUCAUGGGUGAAUAUGCUGAGGGUGGAUCAAUGGAAUCACUGGUUGGUAGGAGAGUGCGGACAAGCUGGCCUGACGACAAUAUCUUCUACGAAGCUGUUAUCUCUGAAUACAAUUUACAUGAUGGACGGCAUAGUCUGGUCUAUGACAUGGGGAGUACAAAUGAAACAUGGGAAUGGGUUAAACUGUCAGAGGAAUCAAAUAAACUUAGGAGAAUUCUGCAUCAAUAGAUUUUCAGGUAGGAAACGAUGCUUAGAGAUCGAGCUCGAGGAUGGCGAUAAAGAUUGUUUUUUAUUUGUUUUUCAGUUGGAGUCGCUCUAUUAGGAUAUUAAUGGGGAACUCUAUUUGAUUCAGUUUAUUUACUUUUAAAAGACCUAUGUGAUUUCUUUCGAAAAGACCAUGUUAUAAGGCUUUGGAGAUCUCAA